CUGCAUUACACAGUAGUAGUAGGCGCCAUCUUUUUUGAGGAGUAGUAUUUCAGCGAAGCGGGCAACACAUGUAUUGGAUUGAGGAUAUUAAAUUAGGAUUUAAACCAUUCCUUGGAUAUAUUUCUCGAGUUUAUCCGUGAAACUUGGUCAUUUCUCAGCCCACUGACUGAGAAGAACAGCAAGUGUUUAGUGAAAUGUGUGCCUCACUCACUCACAGUAAGCCAGUAGGCAAGAUAGCAGUUAUUCUUAUAGACAUUCAGCAUUCUUUCGUCUUGGGCUCCUGGUCCAAACCUGUAAGUGUCCAGCGUAUAAAAGAGUCUUUCGAGAAUUGCAAGAAACUAGUUGAAUCGCUCUUGCCUACAGUUCCUGUGCUUCUGACCCAGUGUCCCUUUACCAAUCCAAAAGACAGAGCGUUUCACAGCAGUGUGAAGGGAUUGUUUGAAGAAAGAAAUUAUCCUGUGGUCUAUAAAUAUGACACCAACAUCAUGGAAGCAGACGGGGCUGAAUCUUGGGUUAAAAGUAUGCUGGAGAAGAAAGUCAACACUAUCGUAAUUGGAGGAUGUACAACCACCAGCUGUGUACGAGUUUCUUCCUCAGCUUUGUGUCAAAACUUUGUAAAUGACCCAGUCCAGUUUAUUGUAGACUUGAGCUUAUGUGGAGCAAGAGACAGCAACUAUGUUAAAAGGUGUCGAGACUGUAUGCAGUCAUACAUGCAGUUUGGAGAGACCAGGAACUGCGACCUUUGUGCUAGCUCUACAGAAGGGUUAAUCUCACCUGUAGAUUUGGCAGUGGAAAACAUGUCAAACGCUGGAGUGCUUGUAAAAGAACACUUUGAUUGGUCUCCUUAUUCUGUUUAAAGCUUCGUUAAAAAAUUUCUUUUACAUAUUAUCGUGUUGGUAUUGAAUUUCAAAUAACUUAAUUGCAAAGGUUCAAAUUUAUGAAAUGAAUAUUAGAUAUGUUUGCAUUGUAAUUCUGACACUGCAUGCAUUGGGAAUUUUUGUUUGCUAUCAAAUCCUAUAACUUGCCUUUGAACCAACUUUCAUGUUUCACUGCUGGUUGUUCAAUAUAAGUUCUGAGAAAAAACCUCAUACAUGAUUAUAGUGUGAAAUUAUGUAAUUGUUGUACAUAUGUACAAAAAAAGUACACCGAGUCCGGUGAGUUAUCAAGAUGUACCAGUUGCUAUAGGUACAAGUAGCUUUAUGACAUUUUACAACAAUGAGUUUGAGUCAAUAUUCGCCUAGCACAUAUCGUAAAAUAUUGAUUUACAAUCCGUUUAACAGUAAUUGGUAUAUCACAAUAUUAAGUUAAUGUAGACUGAUUAAAAAUGU